ACCGACACCCACACCCACACCCACACCCACACCUACACCGCAAUUGAACGCUCUCGCACGCGGACGGACAGACACGAACCGACAGCCACUCUUGAGGGAAAAGAGUAUUGAAUGCAAUUUGGCGGUGAAAGUGCAAACUGCAAACUGCAACGCGGGGGGCGGGUCGAAUCGGACGGGGUCGCGUACACGCGAUAGGGUCGCACGAGCAGGAGGAGCGGUCGAAGCCACUUGGAGCGAACUUUGGCAAUUUUCUGGCGUUAUUUUUGGAUUAAGCAGCGCCAAAUUGUAACAGACGAACGAACAACGACCGACAAUUAACGAUUAACAUUAAGUCCAACAGAAACUGAAGUGGGGGAAAACUGAAAAGUGUUUGGAAUUCUGUUUUUGCGAACAACAACAACAACAACAGCAGCAACAAGCAACCAGAGAACACCAACAAAAUGUGCAACAACUUGUAAACCACUCUUGAAACGAUAAGCGGAUCCAAGUUCCACACAGAAGUUUGGGGCAGAAAAUUUUAAAAAAUAUUUUUUAUCAACAAUAUUUUUCGAAAAACUUUUUGAAGAAACCCAAACAGCAACAGCAGAGAAAUAAGAGAGCAAACUAAAAAGAAGUGAACAAAAGCCAAAGCCAAAGUCAAACAGCAAGCAGAAGCAGAAGCAGCAACGAAGAGAAAGCCGAGAGAACGAGAUCAAAAUGGCCGCCCUACAAAGGAAGCUGGUGCACAAGCAAUUCAACUCCCCAAUGGGCCUGUACUCCCAGGACAACGUCAAGGCCACGUUGAAUCGCGAACUAAAGGCCUUUGGCGGCGAGGGGAUUGAAAUCGACGAUCAAAUCAGCAAGCCCCUGAAUCUGGCCAAUUCGGCCGUUCUGAGAGCCGUCGAAGAGGAGGAGCAGCAAGCCAAAUGCGACUUUUACCCCCAAGAAAGGCAGAGUCGGACGCGUCAGCGCGAUGGGGAUGGCCUGCAUCAUACGCUGCACCAGCAGCUGCUGGACCAGAUCAAGACCCACUACCUCAGCCAUCAGCAGGACAUCACCAUUGACCGGGACACGGUGCUCAAGAUCAAUCGCUUGGCCACCAAGCGCCAUAUGCUCAAGCGGGAUCACAGCUGGCCGCCCACGGAGGCGGAAGCGGUGGCAAUAACCGCAAGCAGCCCGGAUCUCAGUCACAUCCCCUCCUGCGCCUCGCACAGCAUUGAGGCGCUGCGUGAGAAGUUCCAGAGUCCGACGAUGAUCAUCGAACCCACGGCCAAGCAGGUGCGCGAGCAGAGGCAGCGAGAGGGCUCCAAGGAGCGGCCAAUCACGCCGCUGAGAGCCACGGAACUGCAGCUGGCCCAAGUCUUCCAUCAGACGCCCGUGGCCAAGGGCUUCUCUGCGCCGGAGACCAAGGCAGCGGACGUGGAUCUGGGUCUGGUGGCACCCCGCUGCGAGUACUAUGAGCAGCUGGCCCACAAGCGCCCCACAACACCGACAACGCUGACGAUCACCCCGUACAGGCCGAGACCCAAGCGACAGGCGUACUCCCUGGACCGCGGACGCUCCCGCAAGCGGACAGUGGCAGCGGCCGGAGCUCCGGAAUUGCCGCCGCCCAAGCCACGUUCCACCAAGGUGCCGAAGGUGCAGCGCAGAUGCAUCAAGCUGGCCACCGAAGUGAAGAUCUCCUAUGACAAUGAGGCGGACAGCGAAGAGGAGGACAAGCCCAAGGUCGCUACCAGCCAAGAGGUGGACUUGGAGGCCGUUCCGCUGCCACCGAUACCCAGAGGAGCCCCAGCAGCUGGUGCCCAAGCGAACGAGGGCUUGCCAAGAAAGUCAGCAGCGGUAAUUGACAGCCUGGCAGUCAAGCGGCAGCAGCAGAUGGCUCUGGCCCUGGCCAGCAACAGCACAAGCACCGGCCAGGAGCUGGGCACCGGUACCGCUGCCACUCGCAUCAUACCAGUCCGCGUUGAGGCAUCGGGCGAGCUUCAGCUUCAACCGAGUGCUCAGCAGAUCUACGACGACGCGUGCACCUACCUGCAGCAGGAUCGCCACCAGGAGAUGCAGGAGGAAGCCAAUGGCCAUGUGGCCCUAGCUGGCACCACCUAUGUGAGCGCCACCAGCGGCAUCAAGCUGCUCAGGACCACAUCCAAUAGCAACAGCAGUGUUCCCAGUCCUCCGCCCCCACCACCGCCGCCGCCGAUGCCAAUGGCUGCCAAGAUGCGGCCCAAGUCCGGAGAGGAAUCGACGGCCAGGGCCAAGCAGGCGCGACGCCAGGGAGGAGUCUACAGCACGGAAUCCGAGGCUGAGAAGCAGCACGGGGCUCAUGUGGAGAUCUCUCAACUGGAGGCAAAGUACGCCCACAUACAGCAGUCGAUAGCGGAGCAUCUGCGUCAGAUAGAUACCUACAUGGAGAACGCCAAGAUGGCGCUGCAACGGAGUGUCCAAGCCCCUCCUGUGCCCACAGUCGAAGGCGCAGCACCAGCCACUGCCCCUGCCCCUGCCACUGCCACUAUUCCUACUCCACCUCCUCUUCCAGCAACGCAGGACUCGCGACCCGGCAGCGGUCACAACAACGAACUGUGGGACAUGUUCUCCUCCCGCCAGUCGCCCAUCCUGGCCGUGGAGAGUCCGCUGCAGGCGAUACUCCGUCAGAUUUAUUGCCGUGCAUCGGGCCGACCCGGCAGCGUGGCCAAAGAAGAGUCCAUAGCCGAGGUGGCCAACGAAGAGAUCACCGAGAAUGUGCCGAUUGUGGAACGGGCGCUCGAGGAUUUGCACAGGAUUGCCCUGGCACUGGACAAGCAGCAGGAGCAGCCCCAGCAGCAGCAGCUGGCGCAGAAGGAGGAGAAACUGCUGCACGUAGAGCACAAGACGACGCCAGCUGCGGUCAAGGCGCAGCACGUAGUCAUCGAGGAUGAGGAGGAUGCGGAGGAUGCGGAGGAUGCGGAGGAUGCGGAGUACCGACAUGUGUCCGACGUAAUUGCCAACUACGAGCAGCUCUCCACGGGCAAGCAGCAGCAGCAGGAGGCAAGGGAUGCCAAGGCAGAUGCAGAGCCAGAGAAUCAGAGCCACAAGGAAGCGGAACAAAAGGAGGAUAAGGAAAGGGAUGAGGAGCCAUGCGGCCAUCGGCAGGAUGCCAUCAACGAGCACAGCAUCUGCUGCCCCACUUGCAAUGAGCUGCGCUAUUCACCCAACAACUGGAGCAAGCUCACCAAGGCGGACCAGUGGCGCAUCGCCAAUCUGCACAACGAGCCCAUGGAGAACUACAAGGCCACCUACGAGAUUCGCAGUCCGUACAUUUCACGCCAGAUCUCCUGGGAGGACACCCAGAGUGCGGAGGAGAAGUCCCAGAGAGCCGAGCACCAGCAGCCGGAGAAGCUGCAGCGUCAGCGCAGCUUCGUGGAGAUUGUGACCACGCGAGCACCGGACUCGCCGCCGCCCUCCGCACCGCCACCGCCGCCGCCACCACUGCGUCUGAAUCUCCCGGCAGCGGAGAUCUCCUGGCAGCGGAGUAGAUCGCCGAGUCCUUUGUCCUCCCGAAAGUAUCCCGCGCCCCUGAUCGAGGCACCGGAGCGGGCCAGCUCACCCUUUAGGCUCAAUCCGGUGCUCAAGAUGCCCCCAGCGCCAACGCCAUCGCCAACGCCAACGCCAACGCCUCUCCCCUCUGCAGCUGUGGCGACAAAGUUCUCGCAUGUCCCCCAGUUGGAGGGCCACAACAUUGGGCUGCUCGUCCGCACCGCCACGGAACCACUGCAGCAGAGCAUGCUCGCCUCCUCCUCCCUGCUGGCCUCCACGCCCCCAGCCACGCCCCGUGCUGCACGGGGUCUGCCAUCGCCUUUUGAUUUUUCACUGGACACGCACAAAUUCAGAUCUCUGGCAGCUGGCAGCGAGGAGGAGGAGUCCGAGUCCCGACAGCAGCAAUCGGUGCGCGAUUUCAAUGUGAAUCGAUCCUUCGAUAAUGCAUCGCCACGCCCCUAUGUGGCCAUUGAAGGCUACAAGCGCGUGGCCUGGCCACCCGCCUCGGAGGAGCGCAUUAUCCGUGAGUUCACUCCGCAGCCGCAGACCCAGAGCCCGGCACCCGGAGCUGGCGGCUACUAUCCCCAGCCAGCGGCAGCAGCAGCUGCUCCACAGCCGAGUGCUGCUCCAGCUCAGGGUCCCAUUUAUAACAACGUCCAGCCACGAUCCACUCCAACACCUCAGCCACAGGCACCACAGCAGCAGCAAUUCCAAUACGGUGCCACACCUGUCCAGGAGGCGGCUCCUGCUCCUGCUCCCUCUCAGUACCCAGACCAAAGCUAUCCCUAUGAACAGCAGCAGCAGCAGCAGCAGCAACAGCAGCCCGUGCAAUACACACAGGCGCAGUUCAAUAGACAAGCCUCGAGGGAGCCUGUGGCGACUGAUGCGUAUCCCAACUAUCAGUCGAACUAUCAGCAGGAACCACUGACGGCCCUCGAUAAUGCAGGCGGUGGCUGGAAGCCCAUUCGUGCCCCAUUGCCCAAGUCGCAACAUGACUACACUCCGGCUGGAGGAGCAGCAGCACCCUACCAGCAGCAGCGACCAGCCUAUCUACAGCAGCAGCCACAAUACGGUAACCAGCAUCAGCAGCAACAGCCUGCGGCACCACAGUGGCAACAGCAGCAAGCUGCACCGCAGCAGGCUGCACCACAGCAGCCUGCUCCUCAGUGGCAACAACAACAAGCUGCACCACAGCAGCCUGCUCCUCUGUGGCAACAGCAGCAAGCUGCACCACAGCAGCCUGCUCCUCAGUGGCAGCAACAACAAGCUGCACCACAGCAGCCCGCGCCUCAGUGGCAACAGCAGCAAUACCAAGCUCAGCCUCUGGCUCAGGGCCAGGCUCCCUAUCAGACGUCGCCCUAUCAACAGGCAGCACCACAGCCACAGCCACAGCAGCAACAGCAGCAGCAGCAGCCAUCCUACUAUCCACAGCAAAACGGUGGCACGACAUAUGCUCAACCCCAGUACAAUUCUUAUUCGCAGCCCCAGCAGCAGCAACUGCCGUACUCGCAGGAUCAAACAGAUCUGCAGCAGCAGCAGCAUCAAGUGCCCGUUGCCUAUGCUGGCCAGGAUGCUGGCUAUCGUGGCGCCAGUCCCGGCAUCAUAACUUUGAGAAAGGAGGCGCCCGUCUCACAGCAGUCUGCGCCAGUCUACACUUCGCAGCCUGCCGCCGUCAGCUAUCAGGGAGGCAGCAAAUUGCGCGGAGAUUUGAAAUGGCCACCACCAGAGUACAAGGAGGCGGCUGCACGUGAAAACGAGGAGCGUCGCCAGUUGGCCUUGGGCCCCGUCUGCCGUCCCAGAAAAGUAAAUAGGAACAACUUUCGUCAGGACUACACAUCCUUCUUUGCCAAGAAUCAGCUGAACAAUGGCUAUCCCAGCUACAAGGUGCCACCCGGCACCCAGCACAUGUUCGCCUAAGACUGGAUCAGCACAAAAACAACAGCAGAAGGCAGAGGAGGAGGAUCAGAACAGCAGAAAGAACAUAUAAUUCAAUGGAACCCACUUCAUAAUAUACAGAUAACACUAGAAACGAUCACACAUAUAGUACCUACGUAUGGGGGUAUAUGCUACUAAAACGAGAAACUAACGAACAAAACCCAAACAAAACUAUCUGUAGGAUACAUACAAUUUGUUAUACUAAUCUUAAAAUGAAACACUAACGACGCCAUAUAUAUAUACAUAUAUCUAUCUAUAUAUCAUAUAUAACGAAACGAUUGCCAGGGGGGAGGUCUGUAGAUAACCCCACCCCCUGAAUAGAAGAAAUACAAUACUACAGAAGAGAACAGCGGGUAGGCGGUGUUUCGUUCCACUCGCCCGACAAUGGAUCCACUCCGGCUAGAACGGAAUGGACCCAUUGGGUGGGCAGCCAUGGAACUGGAAACACACCCCCCACUUAAUCCAUCAAAUGACCCAAAAAGGCAACGAAGAGCUCAGCCUGGGCAAUGGAUAACGAAAGAUAAAGAUAAAAAGUCUCAAUGUGUACCCAUACUAUAUACACAUAUUUUGGAGCAUGUGCAUAUAGUAUGGCAGCAGCAGCAGCAGGAGAAUAUAACUAUAUAUACUAAACCCUAUAUAGCGAUAGAUUCUAAGAUAAUUGUUACACUGUUACAACUAGCAAAUGAAACGGAAACGAUGCGACCCAAGACGGAAACUGAAAAUGAGAUUGAAAACCUUGUUCUAGAGCCCUAAGGCAUUACUAAUUCAAUUCUAUUAUUCUAUUAUAUAUAACGUGGAUCCUGUACGGACAACUAGCACUAAGGACACCUCUUGGCCUGGGGCAGGCAACCCGAACCCCCCCCACUAACUGUAUAUUGUAAAACGAAAGGGAUGCCGCCCGAGGCGAAGAUUUGGGCACAGCCUUUGGAGCUGUCUUAGGAGUUGUCCGGCCGGGCGUCUCAAUGUUUAUUGUUUGAGUUUGCAUGCUUUUCGCUUAUAUCUAUACUACAUAUAUACACGAUAUAUAUAUUAUGACCCAAAGUGGUCGAACAGCACAUGAAGAAAAAAAACCGUCAAAUAACCCCCGCAUAGACAGUUAUACUAGCAGAUGAAGCUACUACGCCAAGCAGUCAGUUCUGUGAGUCAUCAUCAGUCAGUCAUCAAUGAAAACCAACGAACGUGCGCCACAGACCCCCCCACACCCCACACCACUGAAUGUUCGAUCUUCCCACCACGCGAAGGCCGGCAAUACAGCUUGCCCCAUGCACUGGAUUGGCAGAGUGCCCCCCACCGAACCACCACCACGGGAUACAGCAGAGAGGGCCCCGAGACCAAUCCAGCGGCGGUAAACAGUAUGAGGAUGCCAUUGCCUGCUGCAUGUGCACGGCCCGAGCUCUGUGCGCGGCCUUGGCGCGGUGCAGGGGGAUCGUUUCGGACUCCGGAGGGUCUAGUGGCAGCCGACAACUCUCAGACUUUACCAAUUACUAAGACCAGCAAUGUCAAACCCAAUCAAUUAAACAAAACACACACACUACGAUGAUGUAUAACUUAAUAUGAGAAAUGAAAACUAUACUAAAAUAAACGGCAAGUUUCUGAA